CCAACAAACUUGGUAAUAAACAUCAAAAUCAAAUCACUUUCACCUUUUUUUGAUUCUAAUUAAUUGUCUUGUUUAAUUUUGUUUCAUUCUAUUUUAAUUUUGAUAAAAUAGCAUGAAGACAGUCGAUCUCUGUUCUGUAUAAUUUAUGUAAAUUUUAAUCCAUUUGCUUGAAGAGUCUAUGAAAAAUUAUUCUUUCAUUUUCAAGGUUUGGUUUAGAUCGUGUAUAUUAAUGUGUUGCUGCGAUUGACGGCUAAUUAACCCUUCUGAGUGUAUCUUUUUUGGAGAUUGUCCAGAAUUCAGUUGAACAUUCAUCUUAGUGCUGUUAUUUUAAUUCUACAUUUUUUUAAAAUCAUGACUGAAUUAUCGACUGAUUUUGGUUCUUCCACCACCACCACAACAACAACUUGUAAUGCUGUUGAAUCUUCAGGGGGUGUUGAUCGUUGUUCACCACUUUUCGUUGAAUAUCGUUUGAUGAAAGAAUUUAUUUUAUUUCAACAGCAGACAAUUCAGAAUAUUUAUUUAGUUCCAUCCCAUGAAUCUCCUUUCAUUUGGUUUGGUGUUUUAUUCGUUCACGAGGGACUUUAUCAAGGAGCUGUUCUUAGAUUUACAUUUAAUAUUCCAAAUAAUUAUCCCGAUUGUGAUGGAAUCGAUGAUGAUGAUAAUGUUGCCCAAGUUAACGAACAUAAUAAUAACCUUUGUCCAUCGAUAAUUUUUGAUCAUCCACCUUUUCACCCUUUGAUUGAUCCAGAAACGGGUAAAUUUAACUCUACCAAGAUAAUUUCUCAAUGGAAUCCAAGAGUUCACCAAUUUUGGCAGUUAAUUGCUCACCUAAAGAAAGUAUUUAUCCACGUUGAGAAGGAACUAAAUUAUGAGAUGGACGAUAAUUCAACUAAACCAGAAGAAAUUAACUAUCGUAAUGUAGUUAAAAUGUACCUCGAAAAUCAAGAAUUAUUUGUCAACAAAAUCGCUCAAACAGUUGAAUCAAGUAAAAGUUUAAUCUACCAACCACCUAAGGACAAAGAUGAUACCCAUGCAAUCAUAUUUACGGAAGUUGAUUCAGUUACAUUGGAAAGUUGGAAAUCUCGAUUGUUGAAUUUAAAAGGUUUUAAUGAAGAUCCAUUGACCAUAACAAAAUCUUCAACACCAACAAUAUCAUCACAAUUAGACAACAAUCGCCCAUAUAUUGGCCUUUCAUGGGUACAAAAUGAUUUACCAUUUUCACGACCAAUCGUUUAACCCUCCAUUUUGGAUUACACAAUUAAUUCAAUUCCAUUCUACAAUGAUUAAUAUAUACAAUCAAACACCGAUAGUUUUUAUUUUCUUCAGAUCAAUUUUAUUUAUAUCAUCAUUUAAUCACCACCACCAUCAUCAUGAAUAUCAUCAAGCAAUUAAUGUCAUCAUCAGUUUUACAAAUUGUGUGAAAAUCUCAAUUGCAGUUGAUCAACUAAAUGGCCAAAAUCAAAAGUCCAACAAUUUGUCGACCACAAUUUACAAAAAGGAUAAUCAUUACCCUAAUCAAAUAAUUUGCCAUAAUCAUUGAUUGCCAACUAAUUACUACAACAAAACAAACAAACAAAUGACAACAAUUGACAAUUUAUUUUAAUCAACAAAACUAGUCCAUAAUUUUUAUCGGCUGAUAAUUUUUUGAUUAAAAGCAAAAUCAAAACAAUUGAAAUCAAUCUGAAUGAUACAAAUGUAAAUUAAAUCAAAUCCUUUAAUGAUAA